UUCCCUCAGUCGUUUUCUGACAGUCACCAGAGAAGAAGAAUGCGGAAGCGCUUGGAGCAGCGAUGUCGCCUGCUGUGAUGCUCCAGCAGUUGCCAGUAGACUUCCAGCUCAGCGGUUAGACAGAAGUAAAACCUGACAAUGUGAUGGGUAACUGCUGGGCGUACUGUGUGCGGCUGUUUAGGGGCGAAGCCAACCGGAUCCAGAGAGGAAGCGGGUCUAAAUACUUCCGAAGCUCCACCACAGGGGAGCAUUACACAAUCGAGUUUGAAAAUCUGGUAGAAAGUGACGAGGCUGAGAGUCCACAGCCCUGUCCAAGACCCAUCAGUGAGGAUGAGCUGAACCACCUGAAGGACCACCGCUACGCAGCCAUCUCAGACAGCCAGGUCCUCGUAGACCAGCAGCUACAAGCUGAGUUAGAGGCUCAAGAGGAGAGGUUGAGGCUAGAAGAGGAGGCUAGAAAUGCCGCCCAGCGCGAGGCCGCCAGGCUGGCACGCGAGCGCAAACUGAAGGAGCAGCUGCCUGCCCAGAGGUCUCGAGGCAGAGCCGAUGGCUCCGGCUCUGAGGCGCAGCAGAAAAGACAGACCUCUGGGGAGGAGUUUGAUGCCUACCUGCAUAAUGUUAAGGCCCAGUCUGAGGCGUUCAGGGGCAACAGACUUCCCUCUGAGACCAACGCCGUGACUCCCACCACGGAGCACAGCUGGGACUUCACCACAAAGACCCGCUCCACCAACGAUGACGGGACCUCACUGGAUUUGGAGUGGGAGGACGAGGAAGGAAUCAAUCGUGCACUUCCUGCCUGGGAGAGGUCUCGGACCGAGGAGGAUAUCCUGCGUGCGGCUUUGAGGCCCGGCAGCAAACAGAUGAACAGCGGGCCGACCUCGGCCUCGGAGGACUCCGCUGCUCUGGAGUGGGAGAACGAUUUUGUGAGUACUCACCCAGAGGACGCUGCAGACGCCGAGUUCGAAGGAUUUGUCAAUCCCGUCCUCGACACCUCGUCAGACGACGCCUCGGAUGGCGGCCUCAGGUCAGACAACCAGGACAGAUAGUGUCCAGCACCAAAGGAGACUUUGAAGGGGGAGGGCCCACCAGCGUGUUGCCUCAUGAAGAUGCUCUUCAUGUUGUUGAUUGAAGCUGUGAUGCUGCAGGAACACCUCAUGGAUCUCACGGCACAGCUCAGCCAUGUUUUCAUCAAACACGUUUUCAGUGCCUUCAUUUGCUAAACUAGCUGAUCAUUUAAUAACUGAUAAGUUUAACAUGCACACAUGGUCCAUGGAUUGUUCUUAAACCAGGUGGUUGCCUAGCUAAUCAACAGCAAACUCGCCUUGAAAACCAUCCACUAUGGCUAAAGGAGUCUCUUAUGCGAGUAGGGUUGGCUUUAACUUCAGCUCCAGUGCUGCGUUCUGACUUUUACCAGGAAGUUUGGUGUUUAUCGAUUGGGACUGGUCUGCUGCCGUAGAUUAGGUCCCAACUCAGUCUUGUAGAGAUUAUAUCAGCGAUUUUGUUGACUAUAAUCCAACAUGCCUGUUUCUUUGAACACAACAUCAAUAACCAACGUUAUUUUUUCCUUUUAUGUUUUACACACCAACUUCUCUACAAUCUAAAACCACUUUCAUGCACUAAAACUAUCAGAUAUGAGACGUUUGUGGCUUUUCUUUUCAGGCACUCGUUACUUUUGGAUUCCUAUUUGACCUUUUGACCUUUUCAGCCAUUCAGUGGCUUUUCUUUCUGCCUCCUGAGCUGAUCCUCGGUGGAUUCACGGUCGGGUGAAGGUCUGCCCCCGGGAAGGCCGAGUUCUAGGGUUAGAUUCCCACUUUGCCUCUGGUUGUCUGUUUGUCUCUCAGCACUUUUUAGUUAUAAUGCAGAACGGAUGACUGCAGUCUGACAACCUGUAUUAAUGUUUAACUUCCUCUUUGAUGCAAUCAAAUAAAACAAGUAGAUUUAA